GAGCUUCCGGUAUUCCGACUUGUUUUGAUUGAAAUGAUUCCUUAUAAUUACGAGUAUUUAAGAUCACAAUUUCAUAUCAUUUAAGACGAACAUCACUUGAUUAAUCUUCAUGACGCAGCACUCGAAUUUAUAACGUAUAAUUUCCACAAACUUUACGAUACCGAAGAAUUGCGAGAACUACCCAAAAAGGACUUUGAAGUAGUAAUAAAUGCUGUACAAUUCACCCAUCCAAAAAGGACGUACAAAGCUAUCAGAUUAUGGAUUAAGCAAGAUGAAUUUAAGCGCCAUUCUCAUAUGUAUGAGCUUUCGUCGAAAUUCGUGGACAUUGGAAAAUUGUGUUGUGAUACAAUGGAAUUUGAAUUAUUUAUGUUCACAAAUGAUACAGAACAGAUGCACGUAUUUAAUAUAAACAGAAGGAGUCUACUAAAUAUUAAUAAACCGCCGGAAUAUAAUGCAUUUUCUGCAGUUAGAUACAGAAACACUCUUUUCGCCGUUGGUGGUUCCUUCAAUGGCGUAUACGAAUCGUUUGGAUUGAAAUAUGAUUUCGAGGAGAAAGAAUGGAGUAAAUUUGAAUGUCCUGUGAGGAAGAAGCGUCCUGGAGUUUGUAUUAUAGACGAUAAGCUGUACAUAGCUGGUGGCUUUAGUUUGCCAGGCUUAACUGGUAGCAAUGAGUUUUCAUGCUACAACUUGCAAACAGGACAACUCAUCGAUUUGCCGUCAUCUCAGGAAUCUAGAGCGUCGCCUGGAGUUGUUUGUUACAAGUCAGCCGUUUAUGUUUUCGGCGGCAUAAGAGAUGAAUCAUUUGUCGGAUUCUACGAUCCUAGAGAAGGCACAUGGCAUAAUGCUGGACAAAUUCCCUCAAAGCAUCCGGGAUGUACUGCAACAUUGGUUGAAAAUACGAUUUACUGGAAAGAUUGGUAUUAUUCGCUAUAUUCUUACGAGCCAAGACAGUGCUCGGUUAGAAUAGAAAGAGAAUUUUCUGAAUUUGGAACAAUAACUUCAUGCGAUAAUGGACUCUAUAUUGCACUUCAAAACAGUGGAAUUUAUGAAUUUAUUCGUGAAAAUAAGAUGCUAAAAAUAUGUCGAAGGAAGUUCAAGGAACCCUUUAUCCUUGGUUAUAUGGAAUAA